AAACUCAGCCGUGAGAGCUGCGUGCCUCCGCAGACUGAAGGAGCGCGGUAUCCGCUGUAGCAAGAUCCGGAGCCGGCUGUUUCACCUGUCUGCGCUGUUUCUAAACAUAUUCAUGACUUUUAAGGUGGGUCGGGAAGGAUGAAGGGCUUUUUCCUUCGCUACGUUUUCCUCUGGGCGACGUUGCAGCUAAUUGCUGUACCUGCCACAGUGUUGAACUGCUGUGAAGGGGACAUUCUCCUUUUGCUGGACUCCUCGGGAAGUAUAGCAAACUAUGAAUUCUCCCAUCUGUUGGACUUUGCUGCCAGCCUGCUCCACCCCUUUUCAUUGGGGCGUGGACAUGUGAGAGUGGGGAUGCUGCUGGUAGGUUCCAACCCUCAUCUAGAGUUCGGCCUAGACGUCCACGACAAUCAGGAGAGUCUGCAGACUGCCAUGCAGAGAGUCAGACAGCUGAAGGGGGACACCAACACUGAGGCGGCACUCAGUGUAGCCCAGCAGCUCCUGACGGAGACGCAGGUGAAAGUGCCAAAGAUUCUCCUGUGGCUGACUGAUGGGGUGCAGCCUGGAGAUGUGGACAAGCCCAUGUUGGAGCUGAAGGCUCGAGGAGUGUAUGUAUUAGUUGUGUCUACUGUACAUGGGAACUACCAGGUGUUACAACGUGUGGUGACACCUCCGAUGGAGUCUCACCUGUACUCUGUGGACAUAGAUGACAUUGCUAUCAUCACAGAAGAACUGAGGAAGGCCAUCAUAGAAAUCAUUCGUGUAGAACGGCUGCGUGUGGUUAAUUUGACUUCCCACAGUGCUGUGCUGCAGUGGCGCCCUGUUCUGAGUGCAGAUGGUGGUUAUUAUGAACUCUGGUAUAAACCCAAGAGUAGAACCGGCCCUGAGAUCAGACGUACCUUAACAGGAGACUCCAGCAUGGCGGAGCUGAAAAAUCUGCAGCCUGAAACGACCUACACAGCUUUCCUCCGCCCAGAGUUCAACCAGGAGCUGUUAAAUACACUCACUGUAACAUUCACCACUUUUCCUGAUGUUAUAAGCCCAGCAGUGGUCUCCCUGUCAGAUGCUGGCCCACAUCAGAUCCGUGUGAGCUGGGGUCCUCUCCAGCCGGCUCAGGUUCGAAGGUACACAGUGGAGUAUGGAGCUAUUCCUAGCGGACGUGUCCGCACUGUUAUGUUACCCAGGCAGAAAAAUUCGACCUUACUGACCGGCCUGGAGCCGAACACUCAGUACCUGGUCACGGUCAGUGCUCUGCAUGCAGAUGGAAAAGAGAGAGCCAUGUCUGUGAGGACCUGCACACUGCAAGCAGCUCUGCCUGCUCUGAUUGACCUUAAGCUGGAACCAGUAGAACGACAGGACUUGGAGGUGGAGGAGUGCCAAUUAAAAUGGCAAGCCUAUCAAGAAGGGUUAAGAGGCUACUGGAUCAAAUGGGAAACAAGGAAAUCCCACAGCUCCAUCUACUUACCGCCUAGCUCUCGUUCAACGCGGUUCACCCAACUUGCACCAAACAGCCGAGUGUGUGUGUCCCCCAUCUACAGCUCAGGCCGAGGAGAUGGGCUAUGCUGCACUGCCACGACUCAAAGAGAUUCCAGCCAGUUGGGUUAACAACCAAUCAAGGAGCCAAAGCAAAACACCCAAGUACUAGAUAACUUGUGUGUAACUGAUUCAUCUUGAAAUGGAUUCUAGUGUCAGGAAAGUCUUUUCACAUAACUCCACCGCUGGCAGAGGAUGAACCGAUACACAUUAAUUAAAUCUUUUUCUCUCCUGCAGUUGUAAAUAUUACUGGCAGUGUGGGAAAGCAAUAUGCCACACAUGUUCAUACAGAUCAGUCUCUCAUAUAUGUACACAUGCACACACCCACAAAAAUUUGUGGUCUGAAGUUUACAUAAACUCGUCAUUUGCAUAAAUGUUGUGCUAAUUUGGGUCUUUUGAUGAUUUAUUUAAACUUUUCUUUUUCCAGGUUGGAAUGAUUGCACAGCAUACAUCUUUAAUGACAUUAAAAAAAACAAGGAUUGGGUGCACAAGUUGAAAUGUAUUUUGGAUUUUCUCUAAUCCAAACAGAGUCGAGAGGAUGCAUACAGGUUCAAAAUUAUACGUAUACCCCCACAUAUAUUUGGUUAAAUGUCCCUUAGCAAGUUGAACCUUGGCCAGAUGCUUUUGGUAGUUUUUAGGUCUCCUCUUGUCGUUGUGGCCAAAUAGCUCAAUCUAUGUCUUGUCUGACCAUUAAACUUUUCUCCAUCUGGGCAGCUGCAAAUUUCAGUCGAGUUUCCAGGGUUAUUUCUGAACAUCCUAACCAAUUUCCCCUCUGAGGGUGACUGUUUGAGUCUUCUUCCAGAUCUUGGCAAAGUGGUGACACUUCCAAAUAACUUGUGCUUAUGUACAGUUGUGUGAACUGAUGAUCUUGGAAUCUGCAUUUGUUUAGAAAUGGCUCCAAGAGCACUUCUCAGCUUGUGUAAACCUACAGUUCUCCUCCGUAGAUUUUCACAGAGUUCCUUGUUCUGAGUAUUGGUCAAUCCAGUGAGUGCUGUUAAACACAUUCUUUUUAUGCCAGUAAAGAGAAACUACCAGUUGUAGUCAAUCAUGAUCACUAAUGAGAAGUUAACAGGCUUUGGCCAUGUCAAGUUGAGACAUUUUAGAGCCUUCAGCAUACACUCACUAAAAAGAUUUUAGUGAGUGUAUGUAUGUAUUUGAGCCUGCAUGUAUACUUCUGACUCUGUGUGGAGAGAAAUCCAAAAUAAAUUCAAACUUG